AUGCAGACCACACACCCAGGAUCAAGCAGCGGACCCAUUUCGUUGAGUUUCCCGCGCUUCAUCCCGCGGCCGAAGAGCGAAUACAGCAUCUGGAGCUGGAUUGCGACCGUCGACCACAAGCGCAUCGGCACCCUGUACGCCGUAACUUCUUUCCUGUGGUUCAUUGUUGGCGGCAUCGAAGCGCUGCUGAUGCGGGUGCAGCUUUCGCAGGCUGACAGCACACUGAUCGACCCCGAACUGUUCAACCAGCUCUUCACGAUGCACGGUACCACCAUGGUGUUCCUCGUCGUGAUGCCGCUCUCCGCAGCAUUCUUUAACUGGCUCAUCCCAUUACAGAUCGGCGCCCGCGACGUCGCGUUCCCUCGCCUGAAUGCACUCAGUUACUGGAUAUUCCUCUUCGGUAGCCUGUUCCUCAACUUCUCUUGGUUCAUUGGCGAUGCGCCCAAUGGCGGCUGGUUCGGAUACGCUCCCAACUCACACGUAGCGUUCAACCCGACCAACGGAAUGAACUUCUGGGUAAUCGGCCUGAACAUCCUUGGCGUCGCAUCCAUCGCCGCCGGCCUUAACUUCAUCGUCACCAUCCUGAACAUGCGCGCACCUGGUAUGUCGCUCACGAAGAUGCCCGUCUUCACGUGGAUGACCUUUGUAACGUCGACCGCCUACGGCUCCCACUUCUACAACACAGCCGCCGGUGGCGAUCCAGUCCUCUGGCAACACGUGUUCUGGCUCUUCGGACACCCAGAGGUCUAUAUCCUGAUCCUCCCAGCCAUGGGAAUCGUCUCCGAGAUUUUGCCGGUAUUCUCCCGCAAGCCGUUAUUCGGCUACACCUUCCUCGUCUUCGCCGGAGUCGCAAUCGGCUUCAUGGGUUGGUUCGUCUGGAGCCACCACAUGUUCACUGUUGGUCUGGGCCCAGCCGCCAACUCCGCAUUCGCCAUCUCAACGAUGGCCAUCGCUAUCCCAACCGGCAUCAAGAUCUUCAACUGGAUCGCCACCAUGUGGGGCGGCUCGAUACGAUUCUCCACCGCGAUGCUCUUCGCCAUCUCAUUCAUCGCUAUGUUCACAAUCGGAGGUCUGUCAGGUGUAAUGCACGCCUCCGUUCCCACCGACGCGCAACAGCAAGACACAUACUUCGUCGUCGCACACUUCCACUACGUGCUCUUUGGCGGAGCAAUUAUGGCCAUCUUUGGAGGCAUCUACUUCUGGUGGCCCAAGGCGACCGGUUACAUGCUUAGCGAGAAGCUCGGCAAAAUCAACUUUUACAUCAUGUUCAUUGGCUUCAACCUUCAGUUCGCGCCGCAACACUGGCUCGGCCUCGAUGGUAUGCCUCGCCGCAUCUUCACCUACGCCGAGAACAUGGGCUGGGAAAACACCAACAUGAUUGCCUCCGCCGGGCGGCUUCCUGAUGGCGUUCUCCGUCCUCCUGUUCAUCAUCAACGUCUUCUACAGCGCCAAGAAACGAGUGCCCGCAGGCGACGACCCGUGGGAUGGUCGAACUCUUGA